AUGGAUAAUCAAUCAGAAUUCGUCGUUCGAGACUGGAGUAGUCUCCCAAGUGAUAUACUUUCCGAAUUCCUCCAUUGCCUAAACGACACUGAAACUGAUCGUUGCAGGCUUCGUGGCGUCUGCACCACUUGGCGUUCCUCUAUUUCUCCUCCUCCUCCUCCAUCCCCUCUAAAAUAUCCGGUCAAAAUCAUGUUCCCUUUCCCUGCAUUAUUUAGCCUCUUUUCUGCCAAAAAAGAAAAUGAGAUCGGGAUGCUUCGCCAGAGUAUGUUUUACCUCAUUUCUUCACCAGAUGGAAGUAGCAGUCCUAGUGUCUGGCUUACCCGAGUUGAAGAGAAACCAGACCUCCAUAACACAUACCAGCUUCAAAACCCAAUCACUCCCAUUGAUGAAUUUGCUUAUCCAUCGCCAGAACUCAAAGUCAAGAUAAAUUUCUUGGACCACAAAAUCUAUGAAGUUGCUAGAUCAUACUGCUUGCAUGGUUGUAUUAAUCAACUACUGACCAAAAAGACUGUUAUGGUUAUGCUCCCGAAAUCAGGAGCAACACCUGAUCAUUUCUGUCUUUUAGCUCUGUGGAAUGAUAAAAAGUUGGGAUUGUUUAAAUCUGAAACAGAGAAAUGGGUUAACCUCCCUAUAGACUGUGAUCAUUUCAGUGAUAUAAUUGCUUAUCAGGGCAUAUUUUAUGCCACCAAUUUGGAGGGUAAGCUAAUAUCAAUCGAUCCCAUCACAUUCAACGUGAAGGUGAUCAUUAGCUCUCAUUCGGAGGCACAACAAAGUAAUGGAUUGUACACUUAUUUGGUGGAAUCAAGCGGAAGGUUAUACCUAGUUAACAAAGUUAUUAACCAUGACAUUGUUAAUGAGAUAGGUUUACAGAUUCAGCUCAAGGUAUUUACUCUGAGCUAUUCACGCUCACCCAAUGGAGAAAUUAACCACUUUUGGGAGCCAGUCACGAGUUUGGGAAACCGAUUGUUCUUCGUGAGUGAGUAUGUUACAUUCUCUAUAUUAGCUCAUGAAAUUGGUUGGGGUCAAGGGAAUUGCAUAUUUUUCACUGAAGAAGGAUUCAUGGGAUAUGGAUACUAUGAUUAUGAUGGGUUUGAAUACAAUGAUGAUGACUUUGAUUUGUUUAGCAAAGAUUGUGGACUUUAUAACUUAGAAGAUGGGAGUAUUAUCACCAGAGAUAGCUUGCCUUCUGAGUUUACCAAGAUUUUCUGGCCGGUUCCGAGUUGGUUGGUCGCCAACAAUGCUUCACAUUCAUAG